AUUUCCGAGUUGGGACGGCGUCUCGUUAUCUAGACGGAGAAAUCGUACCCUCGUACAGUGACUGUAUUUACAGAAUGGAUUCAAUCAUUUCUGUAAUUGGAACCUAUGUUUCCUGGGAUCUCAAGAGUCUGCUGCUCUUCACUGCAGUUUUCAUCAUCACUGCAGACUAUAUUAAGAAUCGUCGGCCAGCAGGCUAUCCUCCAGGACCCCGGGGUCUACCAAUUAUGGGCAACCUAUUCACUAUAGAUCAGAACAGGGCCCAUGAGAGUAUGACACAGUUAGCAGAGACAUAUGGAAAUGUGUACAGUCUCCGGAUGGGACAGGAAUGGAUGGUGGUUUUAAACGGGUUUGAUAUUCUGAAAGAAGCUCUAGUGACGCAGGGAGACAGCCUGGCGGACCGCCCAGACCUUCCUUUUCAGACUGAUAUAGCACAUGGAUUAGGUGUCAUUACCAGUAGUGGAAACCUCUGGAAGCAGCAGAGACGCUUUGCACUUUCAACCCUUAGACAGUUUGGAUUUGGCAAGAAGUCACUUGAAUCUGUCAUCCUGGAUGAAUUUACAUAUUGUGCAAAAAACAUCAGAAGCUAUAAAGGUAAGCCAUUCAAUCCACACCUCAUCCUUAACAAUGCUGUCUCCAACAUCAUCUGCUCCCUGGUGUUCGGCCAUCGCUUUGAGUACGGUGAGGAGAAGUUCAUUAAAAUGAUGCAACUGUUUGACAAAGCGCUCCAGAUUGAAGGCUCCGUUUGGGCACAGCUUUAUAAUUCAUUUCCUGUCCUGAUGAGACGUUUACCAGGUCCGCAUCAGACUGGCAAGCAGAUGUGGAAUGAAGUGUUAGAUUUCAUACGAGUAGAGCUAAAUGAGCACAAGAAGACCUGGGAUCCCUCAGAAACACGUGACUACAUUGAUUGUUACCUCAGUGAGAUUCAAAUGAAUAAGGGGCAGGACAACAGCACUUUUGAUGAGGAAAAUCUGGUUAUUUGUGUUUUGGAUCUUUUCGUGGCUGGAUCUGAAACCACAUCCACCACCCUGCGCUGGGCUUUCCUCUACAUGGCAAAAUAUCCUGAGAUUCAGGAAAAGGUACAGGCUGAGAUAGACAGAGAGAUUGGAGAGUCCAGACAGCCAUCAAUGGAGGACCGUGCAAACCUGCCUUACACUGAUGCUGUUAUCCAUGAGAUCCAGAGGAUUUCAAACAUAGCUCCUCUUAGCGUGCCGCAUGUCACCAACAGAGAUGUCGAGCUGGGGGGAUACGCAGUCCCAAAGGGAGUUAUAGUAAUUGCCAAUUUGACAUCUGUGCUGUUCGACAAGAAAGAGUGGGAGACGCCUCACACCUUCAAUCCAAAUCACUUUCUGAAUGAGGAGGGCAAGUUUGUGAAACGAGCAGCUUUUCUGCCUUUCUCUCUUGGUAAGCGGGUGUGUCUUGGAGAGAGCCUGGCCAAGAUGGAGCUUUUCCUCUUCUUCACCUCCUUCAUGCAGCACUUCACAUUCUCCAUGCCUGCCGGGGUGAAGCCUGAUAUGGACUACCGCUUUGGGCUCACUCUGACACCGAAGAAUUAUGAAAUCUGCAUAACCCCACGUCAUUAGAAACUCUGAUAUAGUUCAGAGUUUCGAGAAUAUGAGAAGUUUAAUAGUUGAUCGCAUGUUUGAUCUGAAUUUCACUACACAUCAGUGAAAUUUCUCUGCUUUCUUUAAUAAUAAGUGCAUUAUUUCCUUUAAUUAUUUUUGUUAGUUACAUCAACAUCAUUGUCUCCAUACCUUCUUUGUUUUUGGUCCAUUUUUUAUGUCAGUCCUUUUUUCUUUACCCUUUUCUUUCUGCUGGACUUAGAUAUAUAUUAUGCAGCUGAGGAGAGGACAAACAGGUAGUCUGGGUGUCCUUUAAUGGCCUAAAAGCAAAACCAGGAAAGAAAAAGUACACUAUAAUAAAACCUCAUCUACACAUGAGGAAACACAGAAGCGCUAAAAAUCCAGAAUUUGAAAGUUUCAACAAGCACCAAAACUAUAAAUAUUAAAUAGGAACCAAAUUGGCAGCUAAAUAGGGCAGCAUGCACAGUGGUUAGCACUGUUGCCUCACAGCAAGAAGCCACUGAGUUCAAAUCCACCAUCUGAGUUUGCAUGUUCUCACAGUCUUUGUGUGGGUUCUGUCCAGGAGCUCCUGCUUCCUCUCACAGGCCAAAGACAUGCAGUUAGUGGGGUUAGGUGAACUGGUGAUUCUAAAUUGUCCAUAGGUUUUCAAGACUCUGUCAAACAGUCUUUAUGUGUGUAUUACUACUGUCGUACAUACUGAGAAAAAUGAGAACAUGUUUGGCAUUAGGUCAUUUGAAGUUUGGCUAUUUCUUUUAUCUGAUGAGAUUGCACUUCAAAUCAGUCACACCCAGUAGCAAGUUAGAUUCUUUCACGUUAAGCAAGAUCUUCUUAAUUUUAGGAUGACUGAUUAACAGUCUUUGGCAUUCUUUUAGAAAGAGUUCAGAGUGAACAGUAGUUCCUAAGUUAUAUUAAAAUGGAAAACAGGAGUUAUUGCUCCAAUAAAAAUCAGCUUACUUGACCAAGAUGAGAUGUAGUAUUUACUUUGACUUGCUGUAUUUGUUGUAUAGAUUCAGUAUUUUCUGUAAUCAGAUCCUGUCUUUCCUGGGAUUUCAGUAGUCUGCUGCUCUUUACUACAGUUGUCAUUGUCAUAGCAGACUACAUCCAACACACGUAUAAAACUACAUACAGCACACACAUUUAAUUUUGGUGAGUCCAUGGAAGUUGGAGUCUUGGUUUUCUGUUCUUAGCUGAGUGGAAUGGCACAUGGUGUGGUCUUCUACUACUUAAAGGUUCACCGUGCUGUGUGUUCAGAGAUGCUCUUCUGCAUACCUUGCUUGUCAUUAGUUGUCUUCUGCCUACAAUUCAAAACCUGUACAAUGUCAGGACCAUGUGGUGGGGAAGAAAUACUGGAGAUGAACCUUUGACCAUGGGCAUAAUCUCCCCUGUACUAGGAGCUGUAGCCCAUCAGGACCAGUACCCCUGGAAAUAAGAACAAUGUUUGAAAGUGUGUGAUAUUACCAUAACACUGAGCUGUGUACUUUGCACAUUAUGUUCACAGAUUUUGCACAUCUGUCCUUCCUAGUUUAUAAUGUUUAUUUAUUUUUGAACCCUACUCUUCUAAAUAUUUCUGUUUGUGUUUAUAUAGUUGUGUGAAAAAGAACAUUUUCACAGAAUUUGCAGCAGACCUGUGAAAAACUAAGCGUACCCUAUCAUUCAGGAACUUGUAGAACCAUCUUUAGCAGCAGUAACUUAGUCAUUUUAUCUGAGGAAUCAUUUCUUACAGUGCUUACAGUUGGCAGGCCUUUGUUUAUGCACAGGUUUCUAAAGUCCUGUGCAUAAUCACAGCAUUUCACACAUUUACUUUUUCAACCAUUCUGUUGUAUAUUUGCUGCUGUGGUUGGGAUCACUGUCCUGUUUCCAAACCCAGCUUCAGCCAAGCUUUACCUGUUGGGCAGAAUACCUUACUUUCUCAUUUCUUUUAGAGCUCAUUAACUGGUCAGAGACCAAUAAAGUUAAAUUAUCGUGAAGUUAAGCAAUAAUUCUGCUUUGAUAGAGCUGUAGGCUGGAUGCAGUUGUUGUUUCCAGGAUCAUCUUGGAGAAGGACUUUGUAGGAGAAUAUACUUUGUAUUGUGAA